GGUCCUGAGCUGACAGAUGAGGAGAAGGAGAUCAUCAACAGUGUGAUUGCUCGUGCAGAGAAAAUGGAAGCCAUGGAGCAAGAGAGGAUUGGGCGUUUAAUGAAUCGUCUGGACAACAUGAAGAGAACGGUGUGUGGGGAUGGGGUGUCGCGCUGUCUGCUGUGUGGGGAGCAGCUGGGAGCUCCAGGAGUCAGCUCAGUCGUCUGUGAAGACUGCAAGAAGAAUAUGUGCACUAAAUGUGGAAUACAGAACAACAGCCGUCCACGGACACUAUGGCUCUGCAAGAUCUGUAGUGAACAGAGAGAGGUGUGGAAGAGAUCCGGGGCGUGGUUCUUUAAGGGCCUUCCAAAGCACUUCCUUCCGUCUCCAAUGCCCAUAACCAAAUCCACACAGCCCAGGGCUCAGCCGGGCCCUGCUGCACUGCCUUCUCCCGCUGACCCACCCACAACACAGCCCAGAGGACGUCCAGCACUGGCCCCUAAACCUGCACUGGCCCCUAAACCUACUGUGGCCCCUAAGCCUACACUGGCCCCUAAACCUGCCAGUCUGCCCGAGACUGAUGGGGUCCAGAACAGCCCUGUGGUGAUGAAGAGAGCCGUGCCUGUCCAGAGCUCCAGACCAGCCGCUCCACAGGCAGCAGCUCCUGUGGAGACACAGAGAGAGGGUUCAAGCCCCGUCAGUGCACAGAGAGAGGAGAGAGCGCCCCCUGCUGAGCGAGAGGAGAGGAAGCAGCUUGCCGCCUACAACCCACCCCCGUCCCGCGGCCAGGCGCCCCCUGCGGAGCCGGAGGAGGAUGAAGCCAACAGCUACGACUCUGACGAAGCCACCACACUGGGAUCUCUGGAGUUCAGUUUAUUGUAUGAACAAGAGAACCACAGUCUACACUGUCAAAUCAUCAGAGCGAAGGGUCUGAAGCCCAUGGAUUCUAACGGACUCGCUGAUCCGUAUGUCAAACUCCACCUCCUUCCUGGAGCCAGCAAGUCCACUAAAUUACGCACCAAAACCCUUCGGAACACUCGUAACCCCGCCUGGAAUGAAACACUGGUGUAUCACGGCCUGACCGAUGAGGACAUGCAACGCAAAACACUCAGGCUCUCUGUGUGUGAUGAAGAUAAGUUUGGCCAUAAUGAGUUUAUUGGUGAGACCAGAGUGGCUUUGAAGAAACUCAAGAUGAACCAGAAAAAAAACUUUAACGUGUGUCUGGAGAGAGUGGUCCCAAUGAAGCGAACAGCGACGGGAGGAGGAGCGAGAGGCAUUGCCCUGUAUGAGGACGAGCCCGGUAAGGACGGAGCGGAGGCUGAGGAGCGGGGGCGUAUCCUGAUCUCUCUCAUGUAUAACUCCCAGCAGAGUCGUCUGAUUGUCGGAGUUAUUCGCUGUGUCCAUUUAGCUGCUAUGGAUGCUAACGGAUACUCUGAUCCUUUUGUCAAAAUAUGUUUAAAACCAGACAUGGGCAAGAAGGCCAAGAAUAAAACUCAGAUUAAGAAGAAAACCCUCAAUCCAGAGUACAAUGAGGAAUUCAGUUAUGAAAUAAAACACGCAGAAUUGGCCAAGAAGACUCUGGACAUCUCAGUGUGGGAUUAUGACAUCGGCAAAUCAAAUGACUAUAUCGGUGGGUGUCAGCUGGGAAUCACAGCGAAAGGCGAGAGACUAAAACACUGGUAUGAGUGUCUGAAGAACAAAGACAAGAAGAUCGAGCGUUGGCACACGCUCCACAACGAGAACCACGUCUCCAGCGAUUAG